AUGCAGCGGGCGGGGGCGGAGGAGGCGGCGGGGUCGCAGGCGGCGGCGGGGGGAGCCGGGCGGAGCGGGGCUGGGCUGGCGGCGGCGGCCCCGGCCGGGCGGCUCCUGAAACGGGAGCUCCGGCUGCUCGAGUCCAUCUUUCACCGCGGCCACGAGCGGUUCCGUAUCGGCAGCGCCUGCCCGGACGAGAUCAGCUGCGAGUUCGUGCCGGGGGCGGGCGCCAGGGCCGGGGGUUCCGCUUCCCGGGGGCCGCCGCCGGGUCCCGUCCGCAUCCACUGCAACAUCACGGAGUCUUAUCCAGCUGUUCCCCCCAUCUGGUCCGUGGAGUCGGAUGAUCCCAACCUGGCAGCUAUCCUGGAGAGGCUGGUGGAAGUCAGGAAAGGAAAUACGCUGCUUCUGCAGCACCUGAAGCGAAUAAUUUCAGACCUGUGCAAACUCUACAACCUCCCCCAGCAUCCUGAUGUGGAAAUGUUGGACCAACCUCUGCCGGCAGAACAGAGCACGCAGGAAGAGGUGUCCUCUGAAGAGGAAGAUGAAGAGAUGCCAGAGGACACCGAGGACUUGGACCACUAUGAGAUGAAAGAGGAAGAGCCGGCGGAUGGAAGGAAAACGGAGGACGAAGGCAUCGGGAAGGAAAAUCUGGCCAUUUUAGAGAAAAUAAAAAAGAACCAGAGGCAAGAUUACUUAAAUGGUGCGGUGUCUGGGUCUGUGCAGGCCACUGACCGGCUAAUGAAGGAGCUCAGGGAUAUUUACAGAUCACCAAGUUUCAAGGGCGGAUACUAUGCAGUCGAACUAGUGAACGACAGCCUGUACGAUUGGAACGUCAAACUCCUGAAGGUUGACGAGGACAGCGCUUUGCACAACGAUCUCCAGAUCCUCAAAGAAAAAGAAGGAACAGAUUUCAUCCUCCUAAACUUCUCCUUUAAAGAUAACUUUCCUUUCGAUCCACCGUUCGUUAGGGUUGUGUCCCCAGUGCUGUCAGGGGGGUAUGUCCUGGGUGGUGGUGCCAUCUGCAUGGAGCUGCUUACCAAACAGGGCUGGAGCAGCGCAUACUCCAUCGAGUCUGUGAUCAUGCAGAUCAGUGCAACUCUGGUGAAAGGGAAAGCACGAGUGCAAUUUGGAGCCAAUAAGAAUCAGUACAGCCUGACAAGAGCACAGCAGUCCUACAAAUCCCUGGUUCAGAUCCACGAGAAGAAUGGCUGGUACACACCGCCCAAGGAGGACGGCUAGCGCAGACGCUGCGGGACCCAUCUGCUCGCUCCCAAACGCUGUGCUCGGAUCUCACCGCGCCUCUCCGGCUUUCUCCCAGGAUAUCAUAGCUCUGCCUGUUGCAGGACAAUAAUGGCUGUUACCAACUUUAAAAGGAAACUGUUUAAGCAGUCGGACUGACUUAAAACACUUGCUGGACCCUUGUUAGCAGGCAUUCUUAUUAAAACAAACUUUUGAGCCUCUUGUAUCGCUGGAAACUUUCGACUCUACUCCAGUCUAGAGCGUCCUCCUUACCUAUGCUAUGGAUUUAAUUUAUUUUCUUAUUUCAUGUACACUGCUUUUUUUUGUUACAGUGUAUGAUGGAUGUGUAUGGAAAAUGUAUCUUUGGAGAAAAAAUUACAGUUUGUUAAUUUGAA